GGCGACACCAGCGCGCCAUUUUCGCAUUCCUUCUCCUGGAAGACUACCCGCCGUCUCUCUUGCUUUCUCUCCCUCCCUUCUCUGUGACUCUGGUGGGGGAAGGUCGUAAAUGAUCGAAUAUGAGUACAGUGGACAAGAUGCUGAUAAAGGGCAUACGCAGCUUCAGCCCGGAGAACAAGCACGUCAUCACAUUCUACAAGCCCCUCACCCUUAUCGUCGGCCCCAAUGGCGCCGGCAAGACGACUAUAAUCGAGUGCCUGAAGCAUGCCUGCACGGGGGAAUUGCCACCCAAUGCACGGUCCGGUCAUAGUUUUAUUCAUGACCCGAAGGUCGCCGGAGAGACGGAGACUAAGGGACAGAUUAAGCUUCGGUUCAAGACGGCAGCCGGUAAGGACGUCGUGUGUAUCCGGUCAUUCCAGUUAACGCAGAAGGCAUCCAAGAUGGAGUAUAAGGCCAUAGAAAGCGUGUUGCAGACGGUUAACCCUCACACCGGGGAGAAAGUAUGCUUGAGCUACCGAUGCGCAGACAUGGAUAGGGAAAUUUCUGCUUUAAUGGGAGUCUCAAAAGCUAUUUUGGAAAAUGUUAUAUUUGCUCACCAAGAUGAAGCAAAUUGGCCGUUGCAGGACCCCUCAACAUUGAAGAAAAAGUUUGACGAUAUUUUUUCUGCCACCAGAUAUACAAAGGCCCUAGAGGUAAUAAAGAAGCUUCACAAGGAUCAAGCACAGGAGAUAAAGAUGUAUAGGCUUAAAUUAGAGAAUCUCCAAACUUUGAAAGAUGCAGCAUUGAAGCUUCGUGAAAGCAUCACCCAAGAUCAAGAGAGAGCAGAAUCUGUGAAAGCUCAAAUUCUUCAUUUCGAAAAGAAAAUUCAAGAUGUUGAAGUCAAGAUACAACAGACAGAGGCAACUCUGAAGGAUUUGAGAAAAUUGCAGGAUGAAAUAAAUACUAACACUACCAAAAGAAGUACUCUGUUUAAGCUUCAGCAGUCUCAACUCUCUGCAUUAGCUGAGGAGAAUGAAGACACUGAUGAGGAGCUGAUAGAAUGGCAAACUAAGUUCCAAGAAAGAAUUGCUUUGCUGCAGUCGAAAAUAAGCAAGCUAGAAAGAGAUGCACAGGAUGCUACAACAAUGAGUAGUUUCCAUUCAAAGGACAUUAAUGAUUAUAUUCGAGAGGCUGGAAAGCUUCAAGCUGAAGCUGAGGCUUAUUUAUCCUUGAAGCAUGAUCGUGAUGCUACAGUUCAGAGGAUAGUUGUGCAGCAUAAUUUGGGAUCUGCUGUUGUUAUUCCACUUAGCGAUGACAUGGCACUUAACCUUACAAACCGAGCCAAAGCAAGGUUGAAGGAUCUUCAAAAAGACUUAAGUGCUAAAAGGGAAACUAAUGAUGUGGAACUCAAGGGAUUAUGGAAAAGCUUCGAGUCAGUUAGUUCUAGGUGCAGCGAAAUUGAAGGACAGAAGAUGGCUAAAUUAGAGAAAAAGUCUGAUCUCCUGAAACGCAUGAAAGAGGUUGAAGAAGAAUUAGGUGUUCUUCAACUCUCUGAAGUGGACCUAUCUAGAAUUGAUGCAAAAGAGAAAUUUCUGGAAUCCGAGGUUCAAAAACGGACACUUCAGGUUGCAGAGAGAGAUUUUGAGUCAAACAUACACCAGAAGAGAACUGAAAUAUUUAGCUUGGAUCACAAAAUAAAAUCACUUUACAGAGAAAAGGAUGUUAUUGCCAGUGAUUCUGAAGAUAGGGUAAAAUUGGGCCUGAAGAAAGAAGAAUUAGAAGGCUGCAAGAGAAAGCGUGCAAAAAUCAUGGAUGAAUACACAGAUAAAAUAAGGACUGUACUGAAAGGGAGGGUUCCUUCUGACAAAGAUCUUAAAAAGGAGAUCACAUCUGCAUUAUGCAUUCUUAGAAAAGAGCACGAUGACGUAAAUGCAAAAUCCACGGAAGCAGAGAAAGAGAUGAAAUUGGUGGAAAUGAAAAUAGAAGAUGCUAAAGAUAACUUGUUGAAAUUGCAGAAAGAAAUGGAAGCAAAAAGGAAGUAUAUUGGCACAAAAAUUCAGUCGCUAGUUCAAGGACCAGUCGAGGUUGAUGCUUUCCCCAAAGUUUUGCAAGAGGCUAUGGAGAGAAGAGAUGUACAGAAAAGUGAGUAUUCAAUGGCAAAUGGCAUGCGGCAAAUGUUUGAUCCUUUUGAAAGAGUUGCACGUGCUCAUCAUUACUGUCCAUGCUGUGAGCGCCCAUUCUCAGCAGAGGAGGAGGACCAGUUUGUUAGGAAGCAAAGGGUAAAAAAUGCAAACUCCAUGGAGGGUCUGAAGUUGUUGGCUAUAAGUUCUUCAAAUGCUGAUGCACAUUUCCAGCAAUUGGACAAGCUCCGUACAGUUUAUGAGGAAUAUGUCAAGCUUUCAAAUGAAGCCAUUCCUUCAACUGAGAGAAAUUUGAAAGAGCUUGCUGAAGAACUGCAGAACAAGAUUGUGGCAUUUGAAGAUCUUGUAGGUGUUGUAGCUCAGACUACGGCUGAAAAAGAUUUGCUGGAAAGCUUGAUUCAACCAGUUGAAAAUGCAGACCGCUUAUGGCAAGAAAUGCAGAGUUUACAGCGGCAGGUUGCUGAUUUGGAGUAUAAGCUUGAUGUCAGAUCCCAAGGAGCCAAAUCCUUGGAAGAGAUCCAGACUGAACUGAAUAAUCUGCAAGAGACCAGAGACAAUUUGAGUCGGCAAUUGGAGAAUCUUCAAGAAGAGCAACGGCAUAUGAACAAUGAUUUGUCAAAUCUACAGAUGAGAUGGCAUGCUUCCAGAGAGGAAAAGUUGCAGGCAUCUAAUAAAUUAAUUAGAGUCGAGAACUUGGCAGAUGAGCUAGGUCGACUCUCUGAACAGAAAUCCCAAUUGGAUCUUGACGAGCAAAUAUUGGCAGAAGCUUUUGUUCCAUUAUCCAAAGAGAAAGAUAAACUGUUGAAGAAUUACGAAGAGUUGAAGGUCAAAUUUGAGCAUGAAUACAAUGAACAGGCCGAAAUAUUAAGAAAUUUCCAGCAGGAAGUGGAGACACUUGCAACGUUUGCUUCUAAGAUUAAAGAAUAUGAUGAUGCAAGGAAAGAUGAGAAGCUUAAGGAGCUUCAAGAAAAACAGUCAUUGGCUGAAUCUCAAUUGCGACAAUGUGAGAGCAGGAAGCAAGAAAUUACAGCAGAACUGCAGAAGAGUAAAGAGUUGCUGCAUAAGCAGGACCAACUGAAACGAAAUAUUGAUGACAACUUGAAUUAUAGAAGAACAAAGGCUGAGGUUGUCGAGCUUACUCAUGAGAUAGAAUCUCUUGAAGAGAAAGUCGUGAAAAUUGGUGGGUUUCCAGCUUAUGAAGCAGAUCUCAAGAGACACAUGCAAGAGAAAGAGCGACUUCUCUCAGAGCUUAAUAGGUGUCAUGGCACCCUUUCUGUAUAUCAGAGCAACAUUUCCAAGCAUAAACUUGAUCUUAAACAGUCACAGUACAAUGACAUUGACAAGCGGUAUUUUGAUCAGCUCAUCCAACUCAAGACAACUGAAAUGGCUAAUAAGGACCUGGACAGAUAUUACCAUGCACUUGACAAAGCAUUAAUGCGCUUCCACACAAUGAAAAUGGAAGAAAUAAACAAAAUAAUAAAGGAAUUAUGGCAGCAGACAUAUAGGGGUCAAGACAUUGAUUAUAUAAGCAUUCAUUCGGAUUCUGAAGGUUCUGGUUCUCGAUCCUACAGUUAUCGGGUUGUAAUGCAAACUGGUGAUGCUGAACUUGAAAUGCGAGGAAGAUGUAGCGCUGGCCAGAAGGUUCUUGCUUCUCUCAUAAUUCGAUUGGCAUUGGCUGAGACUUUCUGUCUUAAUUGUGGCAUACUUGCACUUGAUGAGCCAACGACAAACUUGGAUGGUCCAAACUCUGAAAGUCUUGCUUCUGCUCUCCUGAGAAUUAUGGAAGACAGAAAAGGUCAAGAAAAUUUUCAGCUGAUAGUGAUCACUCAUGAUGAAAGGUUUGCCCAGCUUAUUGGUCAACGUCAGCAUGCAGAGAGAUACUAUCGCAUCUCAAAGGAUGAACUUCAACACAGCAUAAUUGAGUCUCAAGAUAUAUUCGACUGAUGAUGUGCUCACAGUCUUAGAUGUGCAGAGAGAAAUCGAUGGUAUAUUCUUUGAUUGUAAGUUUAUGUACGACUACUUUGAUGUGGUGGCAGGAAUAGCCCGUAUCAUGUGAAAAUUACAGUUUGCAUGUUCAGAUAAAUGAGCUCUAAUUUUCAAUUA